AUGGCGACCAAGUACAUUGUAGGUUCCAUCGUGGGAUCUUUCGUGGUUGCCUAUGCAUGUGAUACCCUGAUCUCUGACAGCAAGCUGUUUGGCGGUGAGUUGGGAACCAAAUCUAAGGAAGACCUCACCUUCGAAUUUGGCUAGGCUUGCCGGUCUUUGACCCCUUUGACCCUGAUGAAUGUGAUGUGGACCAGGGACGACCCCUUCAACUGUUGCGAACAAGGGGUGGUGGGAAGCCACUGACCAGAAGUUCCAGGCCUGGCCUCGCACUGCCGGCCCUCCAGUGGUGAUGAAUCCUAUCAGCCGCCAGAAUUUCAUCGUCAAGACGGGCCCCGAGUCUUGA